AUGAGGCAAUCGUACUUCAUGUCAGUGUCUCUCGCAGCUUUCUCAGCAGCAGCAAGUGCCUCAACAGCGACGCUAUCAGACAUGACUCAAGCGUCACUUCAAAGUAUGAAUGGAGGGCUUAUGAAUGAUACUGUCGCUGCAUCAACCGUGUUUACAGACGAAGAUCGAACAUGGAAUUUUUUUGAAACUGUCGCCAGAAAGGUUAAAUCUCUGUUCGAUUCCAACUUCGACAAGAGCAUCGAAGGCACAUUUGCGGCCAAAGAAAUUGAUACAGCAAAGUUGUUUCAAGAUCCCACGAAGUUGACUAGCUGGCUCAACAUUGUGAACGAUAAGUAUCAAGUGGGUAAAUUUUUCAUGAAGCAAAUGGGUUAUGUGGAAGUUUUGAAACAGAUUAAUGCUGCAAAGCAAUUCUCUCAUAGCGAAAAAGUUGCUGAAAGCGUUGAAGAUGCUCUGGUUGAUAUACUCAAACUAUCACCGUUCAAAGUAGUGUAUAGCGAACUGAAACCUUCUUUUCCUGAUCCUACUGACCUCGACACGCUGUUAUUGGAAUCACCGCUUGAGACGCUUAUCAAGCUCGCAAAGGCAAAAAAAAAUGCUAAUGGUGUUUCUGCGGAGCAGGAUCUAUUCGUCUUGUUACGAGAGGACUUGGGAGAAAAAGUUAUAUCUGACAUCAUAGCAACUUAUCCGAAUAUCGGUUCACCGACCAGGCAGUCCAAGAUUGCAACUUUUCUUGUAAAUAAUCAGACUGAAGUGACUAAGGCCAAGACGUUGACUAAAAAGGCGAAUCCCGAGUACCUUGACGACGUAAGAAAGCAGCAGUACUCAACGAGUGUCACAUCGAACAAUCAAGCAAGCCUACCUUCGACGAUAAAUCGUCCACAGAGACCGUAUACAAAUCCCGUCACACGCGAUGACGUCGAGUCUGACCUACCAUCUCAUCACAUGCCACCAUAUUCGGACGUGAAAACCCCUCAGAUAUUGUCAAGCGAUGUGCUGAACCCCCAAAUUCGCUCUAAUCCAAAGCUUCCCCAAGAAUCACAUUCCUACACUCCACCAUCGGAAGGAAAGGACCAGCUAAACCAAGAAUCACAUUCCUACACUCCACCAUCGGAAGAAAAGGACCAGCCGAUCUUAUCGAGUGAAUCUGUCACAUCGCCAGCAACAUUGAAAAAAUACGGCAACAUUCAAGGUCCGUAUACUGAAUUAAAACUUGACGAAGCAGGUAUCAAGCUGUUUAAGAGCGAUAAAGCCUUGGACGACCUAGCGACAUGGAUGGAAUAUGCUCAAAAGAACAUUCCUGGAAACUCCAAGUGGUGGGACGUUCUCGCCGAUGUGAACAGCGAAACACAAGACAAAAACUUCGCUGAGAUUUUUCCAAUAAUUAUUUUAGAAGACUUCGCAAUUGCGAGGUACAAGUCGGAGUCGGAUUUAAAAAAGGAUCUAGACAUGGCGAAUGAUUUCGAGUUCGAUGGAAAAAAGCUGUCAGACUUGAUGAAGAGCACCAGGACUAUCCCAUCCACCAUGACCGAAGAGAAGAAGUCUGAGACUUGCAUAUCGGGCAAGAAAUUGAGUUGGUUUCUCGGUAAAGAAGAUAAGAAGCAAAUGCAAUCGUCGAGUGAGGCCUCAAGAUCACCAGUGGCGCUUGAAUCUUUACCGCCACCCACAAAUGCACCUUCAUCUAGUAGGCCCAUGAAAUCGCCAGAAUCUGCACCGACGGCAUCUCCAUCAAACAGCCUUCGAGCCCGUUUACAUCGCUUCUUGGCUGCUUUGUGGGCGAAAAUACGGGCAAUACUGUGGCCCUUUAACUAG